UUUUUGAGAAGGAAUGCAUUGAGACUCGAAACAAGAGAGUUUAAGAGGUUAAGAGAUUUUUUUCAAGAGGACAUAGAGAGAGGUGAAGCAGUUUAACUGAAUAUGAAAGGACUCGAGAAAGGAAUGCGGAUGAAUUUGCUCUAUGGAAGAUGAAAAGGUUUGCAAGAUCAUAUCUUGAAAAGGAGAAAGAGAGGAUAGUGAUGAUGAUUAUAUCUAGAGGAAGAGAUGCAGCGAGACCGAGACUGAAAGUGAUUCUGAAGAAACUGAUGGGAUUUACGAGUACCAUGUAGCUAUGUUGUGAAAAUCGCACGAGUCGCCCAACGGGAGCUUAUGCAAUAUAGCGCCCUAGACGCGAAGAUGUGUACAAUUUUUAAAAAAAAAAUUAAGGCGCUGGGCGAAGGGCUUGGUGCCCUCACUUCGCAUAGCACGUAACACAAUAUAGCCAUGUAGAAGAGAUAAGUUCUUCAAAGGAGGAGAGGAAGAAAGAAGAGAUAAGGGCUGAGGAUGCUUUGUACAAGCGUUAUCUGGAUGAGAAGUCAAAUCCACCAAUCUUCGCAAGAGCCAUGCAAGAAAGGUUGAAUAUAGAUUCAGAUGGAGAUACUGUUGAAGACAUCGAUUCAAACGAUGUACCAAAAGGUAGUGGAGGAUCAAAUGAAGAAAGUGAUGAUGAUGAUGAUGAGUCUGAAGGAGAUGAUGGAGAUGGCUAUGGGUCCGCGGCUUCAUCUGGCAGUGAGUAUAUUGCGCACUAUGAGGAGGAAGAUUGGGACAGAUGUGAUGGCGAGGAUGACCGGUGAUCUCCUCAAAAACAUCAGAGAAAACAAGCUUGGUUGGCUAAGAAUGGAGCUUAACUAUGAUCAACAAGUUUUUUUGUCGGACGGUAUAGUAAAAAGUUUUCAUGAAGCUGUGGAAGUAGUUAUGAACAGUUAUGGUUGCAAGUUGCUGGUAAUGAAGGUAGUGAACAUGAGUAAUAUUGUGGAAGUGGAACUUUUUGUUUUUUGAAUGUAGGUCUCUAAUAUACUUAGAUAGAGAUCUAGAAUGGGAUGUAAUGAUUAAAUAGGUGUUGAUCUCGGUUGUAAUUGAUGCAGAAGGGUAACAGGGUAUUGAUUAACUAAAGAUGAACUG